AGCUUUCCCCUUUCGGGUACCUGACCGAAGUCGCUAGCACAGAGCCUGUGCCCAUCACAUUUCCCAAAACGUAAUCACUGGCAUUGCCCACCCUUCCAAUUAGAGGCACCGCUCCAGAAGCCCCUUUUCUUGCCGUUGAAGUUUCUUCUCUUGCAUUCGGGACCGCCGAGAAUGCAUGGUCCGGGCCAAGGGCACUACUGGUCGACAGCCAAUAGCCACAAAGGGCACGGCGAGGGGCUUACUUUGCGAAGACGAAAGCGUACGGGGAGCUUAGAACGUAGCGUUCACAGUUGCGACCCCAUGCUCCCAUCAUUUCCGGGUCCAGACCCGCCCCUCAGGACAGCGUCCUGUACUUCCCAGUCUCUAUGGUUUCAACUUCCGCCACUCGCCACAUCUCGCGAGGCUCCGGCGGCUCAGCAAUGGCGAGACCGUGAGUGCCGCGGACGGGAGCCCGAGAAAGGGCUGGGAAGGGGCUCGGGCGAAAUCGGGCAGAGGGAGACUCGGCAAGCCAGGGCUGCCUGAACCGGAGCGGCGGCUGGGGGCUCGAGGACCCUACGGGCCAGCCAGCCGCCCGCGACCAAGCUCCCGCCUCUUCCCCAGAUGCCGCGUCACUGCUCCGCCGCCGGCUGCUGCACUCGGGAUACGCGCGAGACACGCAAUCGCGGCAUCUCCUUCCACAGACUCCCCAAAAAGGACAACCCAAGGCGAGGCUUGUGGCUGGCCAAUUGCCAGAGGCUGGACCCCAGCGGCCAGGGCCUAUGGGACCCAUCAUCCGAGUACAUCUACUUCUGCUCCAAACACUUCGAGGAGAACUGCUUUGAGCUGGUGGGAAUCAGUGGGUAUCACAGGCUGAAGGAGGGGGCAGUUCCCACGAUAUUUGAGUCUUUCACCAAGUUGCGCCGGACAACCAAGACCAAGGGGCACCAUUACCCACCUGGUCCCCCCGAUGUCAGCCGGCUCCGGCGAUGCAGGAAGCGCUGCCCUGAGGGCCGAGGACCCACAACUCCUUUUUCUCCACCUCCACCUGCCGAGGUCACCUGCUUUCCCGUGGAAGAGGCCUCGGCACCUGCUGCUUUGCCUGCCUCCCCUGUGGGGAGGCUGGAGCCUGGCCUCAGCAGUCCCUUCUCAGACCUCCUGGGGCCUCUGGGUGCCCAAGCAGAUGAAGCAGGCUGCAGCGCCCAGCCCUCGCCGGAGCGGGAGCCAGAGCGGCAGCCGUCCCCUCUCGAGCCUCGGCCUGUCUCACCCUCCGCCUACAUGCUGCGCCUCCCACCACCCGCUGGAGCCUACAUCCAGAAUGAGCACAGCUACCAGGUGGGCAGUGCCCUGCUCUGGAAGCGGAGGGCUGAGGCUGCACUCGAUGCCCUGGACAAGGCCCAGCGCCAGCUGCAGGCCUGCAAGCGACGGGAACAGCGACUGCGGCUGCGGCUAACCAAGCUACAGCAGGAGAGGGCGCGGGAGAAGCGGGCACAGGCAGAUGCCCGCCAGACUCUGAAGGAACACGUGCAGGACUUUGCCAUGCAGCUGAGCAACAGCAUGACCUGAGUGAGGGGCCGCUGGACCCACGGCUGAUGAGGGGGUGCCUGUCAGGGCUCCAGCCUCUUCCUCGGAAUCCACCUGGAAAGGGACCUGCUUUGAGUUGCAUCCACCAGACCUACCAGCUGCCCCAAUAAAGUGGGUUCUAGGAGGCCCUA